AUAUGUUCAUAUUGAAGAAUGUGAAGCAGAUCAUGGCAGAAGUUAAAAUUAGAAUUCAAAAUAUUAACAGCACAGACAAAACAUCAACUGAACAAAAAAACAACAUAUUAGAUGUCAUUGCAAAAAUGGACAAGAUGGAUAGGCAAAGAAGAAAGGAAACCAUUGGUGUUUUUGGAAAGAUAGGAGAAGGAAAAAGCUCCCUAUUAAAUGCCAUCUUGGGAUUAGAUUAUUUCCUGCCAUCUGGUAGUUUUGGUUCCUGUACAUCUGUUGUUACUCAUGUGGAAGCAAAUCUGAUCGAUUCCAACUACACAGCAGAGAUUGAACUCAUCUCUAAAGAGGAAUGGGAAAAUGAGAUUACUUCAACUGACAACAGGACUGAAACUGUUAUAGAAAGAAUCACUGCACUGUAUGGAGCUGAUGCAGAUAAGAAAACACUGGAAGAACUAAAGAGAGAUAAAAAAUAUGCCGAAAUUGAUAACUUUUUGUCUACCGAAAAAAAAAUUAUUUCACACACUGAAGUAAGGGAAUUUACCAAUGAUGUUGAACGUUACAUACAACACAAUGACUGGUACUGGCCUCUUGUGAAAAGUGUGACAAUCAAGAUACCAAACUGUCGUGAACUCCUGGAACACAUUGUGCUUGUUGAUCUUCCUGGGACUGGAGACUGCAACAAAAUUAGAGAUGACCUGUGGAAAACUAAACUGAGAGAGUGCUCUUCUAUGUGGAUCGUAAGUAAUAUCAAUCGAGCUAUUGAUGACAAAGACCCCUGGAGUAUAAUACAGCACUGCAUUCAAGACCUGGGACCAGGAGGAGAGUGCAGAAACAUUGACUUCAUCUGUACUAAAACUGAUGAAAUUGUGCCGAAAGAAUAUCUAAGAUCUGUACGCCACCCUGGAGACAAAAUGUCUUUAGACAAGAACCCAACGGGGUGCAUAAUUCAUAGGAACAACCGUGCAAAGGAAAUUGUGAAAAAGAAGUUUGAAAAUCUUGACAUCAUGAAAUCAAAAGCCAGAUUCAUAACUGACGUCUUCACUGUCAGCUCCAGGGCAUACUUAGAUAAAAAUCCACAUCUGGAACCUGCUGAAACAGAAAUCCCAAAGCUGCAGGACUUUCUGAAGAACACUAACAGGAGAAUUAACAGAGAACUGACCAGAGAUUAUGUCAAUGAAGCAAAGGGAGUUUUGUCCUUCAUUCAAAGUGUCCAACUAGAUACAGAUGAAAAAAUGGUGGAGAAAAAAGCUGAAGUCCAUGAAGCUUUGCUGAAGAAUCUAGAAAAGGCACUGAAGGAGUUGGAUUGUCAGUUGGAUUCACUUUCUAAGAUUUUGGAUCAAUGUCUCUCAAAAGGAGUGGAGGAAUCAGUGGAACAGUGUGUUAACACUAAAAACUCCAUGAUGGCAUCUGUUACACCUGAUGAUAAAAGGGGAUUCCAUAAAACCCUUCAAGCAUUGUACAAGAACAAAGGAUACUAUUGGCCAAAGAAGUGGGAUGGACCCCUUGAUCUAAACAUGUGCUUGGCCAAACACAUGCACGACAACAUCGAUGAGAAAUUUAAUUUAAUUUUCCCUGUUGAUGGCAAUAACAAAACAGGAAAAUCAGUGCAGGAACAGAUCGAUAAAUUCAGUAUCAUCCAAAGUGGCACUGCUUACUCACCAUCUUCCAUGCUAUACCACAUGGAAAACUUCAUCAAAACAGAGGAAACCAAAGUGAAGGCAUUGCUCAAAAGAGAAGUUGUUGCGAGAAAGAAGGAAAUCUACUCCUCAAUCCAGAAAACAAUUCAGAAUCAAAUGACUGCUGGCUAUGAAAAAGCUGCAAAGUUGACAGGAGAUAAAGCAAUGGAGAGGAGGGAGAAACAAAUAACAGACACAAUUGAAUUGUUAAAACACAGCAUGUUCGAAGAUGCAAAAAUGGAAGUUCUGAAUCAGUUCAAGGAUUUAAAAGAGCAUAUAUGCAAGACCCUUGAAUCUGAGCUCAAGAGAUCAGUGGAACGCUCACUUUCACAAACCAGCAGAACCCCUCUGAUGGAUGUCACUGGAAAGAUUGAAAGGAUGGAGAGUCUGUCAAGAUCUGUCAUCUGACUCGUCGUUUAAAAGCAGCAUCUCAGCAUUUUACAGUGAAAGUUCUUUUUAAGAUAAAUUGAUUUCUAUUAUAAAGCAUGCUUAAAGCUCUAUUAUUAUUAAUAUUAUUAUUAUUAUUUCUAGUUCUUUAAAUUGUUCAACUAAACUUUUGAUUGUGUAACUAAUAGUCUAAGAAAAACUAUUUUUAGGUGUAGACUAAUGCUGUUAUUAAUGAAUACAACUAAACGUAGGCUGAAGUAGAAUAUGUUAGUUGUUAGGUCAGUGGACCCAAUAAAUAUGGUGCACUCCCUUGACCAAUCCCCAACAAGAAGCCUAAACAAAGAACCAGGUAAACUAGAAAUUCAUCUUGGAUGAUUUACAUGUACAAGUUGUACAAAGAAAAUGGGACAAACAAGAAACAAAAGACGGAAACAUUAAGAAAGAAGAAGGACAAACCAGGACCAUCAGGAGAUCACUUCUAAAAUAAGAAGAAUGAUAAGAUUAAUUAGACCACAAGAAAGAAUAAAUAAUAAAUUAAUGAAAAUGUUAAAAGGAAUGACUGUGUGUAGUAGAUUGUAUUUUGAGAUGGGAAGACGAGAUUGACAAGAUUUGUUAGAUGAGAUCGAGGCCCCAAUGCGGUCUCUGGAAAUAGCACUUCUUACCAGACCUCCAGUCAAAGUGAGAAAGAGAAUAGGUGUCUCUGGCUUGAGGCUAACAAUGGUUAUAGAAAAAUAUGAUUAAAUGUAUGUCUUGCUUUACAAGUAGUUAGGUGUUGAAUUUGCAAAAUGAAAGCCUUUGAAAUUCCAACCUGCAUAUAUAUCUUGUGUUCUGGUGACUAUAGCAUCCAAGAGGUUACUGCAGAGUUAAAACUUAGUGGGUGUGUGUUAAUCUUCUCUUUUAUGUACA